AUUUUCAGUUACAAUGGAUUCCGUGAGCCUAGUCGGUGGUGUUUCCUCCAAUGAAGGACGAGUUGAGAUACUUCGUAAUGGAAUUGGCAGCAGCGUCUGUGAUGAAGGAUGGGGUCUACCUGAUGCUGAGGUUAUCUGUCGUGUACUUGGGUACCCAAGGGCCAGCCGAACGUUAGCUGGUUCUUGGUUUGGUAAAGGAGAAGGAGCAGUAUGGUCAGGUGUAGAUUGUACUGGCAAUGAAGCUAGCCUGUCAUUUUGUCCUAAUAGUACUGGUAGCACUAGCAGCGCCUGUAGUUCACACUCUAAUGAUGCCAGUGUGGUCUGCUCAUCAAGUUCCUCGGUAUCUCAGACGUUCUUAUGUGCCGAUGGUGAUGUAAGACUCACUAAAAACGGGAUGAUACUUGAAGGACAAAGCCAGGGACGAUUAGAGAUAUGUGUAGGCGGAGAAUGGGGGCGGGUCUGCAUUGGUGGGUGGGGCUAUGAGGAGGCUGCCCUGGUGUGUCAUCAGUUAGGAUUCAGAGUUGAAGGUGCAUCAAGGAUUUCUAGUUCUCAGUUUGGUUUUGGUUAUCGUCCCAUUUUGAUUGAUACCCUACAGUGCACUGGCCUGGAGCCCUCCCUCCUGCAAUGUGGCCACACCCUCCUGGCACCCGGCACUUACGACCAAUCAUGCGAUAGCACUCAAGACGUCGCUGUCUCCUGUCAAACCGUUGUGAGUUCUCCAGUUCGGAUACGUCUCGUGGGCGGUAACGUAGAGUGGGCAGGACGAGUUGAAAUCCACUUACAAGAUAAUGUGAUUUGGGGGCGUGUGUGCGAUGAUGGGUGGAGCCUGGCUAGUGCUCGUGUGGUUUGUCGUCAGUUGGGGUAUGGAUACGCCAUAGGAGCCACCAUUGGAACUACCUUUGGAACAGGUAGUCGAUCGCUUGGUUAUGGUAGGGUAACAUGCGUCGGGCUUGAGUCUGGCCUCUCCAACUGUUACCAUGACAACCAGCUCUCGUGUGACAUCUCUCACGUGGCUGGGGCCGUAUGCAGUGACACGCCCACUCCUCCUAAUGUGAGGCUCAGGUUGCUAAGCAACGGAAAUAAACCCGAGGGAAUUUUACAAGUUUAUUUUGCCGAGAAGUGGGGGCGAGUUUGUACCACUAGUGGGUGGAGCUUAACAACUGCCGAUAUUGCUUGUCAUCAUCUGGGGGAAGGUCUGGCUGUUUCAACGAUGGGCGUGGCUACGUCAUCCCAAGACUCCUUCUUUUGGUUGAGUGGUGUCCGUUGCUUUGGUAACGAGACUCGUCUUGAAGAGUGCCAGCAUUUAGGGUGGGGCUACGCUGGAGAGGAAUGUUACGAGGGAAGUACCAGUGUAUGGCUGAACUGUUCUGGAAACUCAAACACACAGACCUCUACUAGCAUACCAACACUAACUGCUACUCCUAGUGCUGGGCCAGUUGAACCAGGCGCUUCAUCUCUUCCAGUACUAGCAGUCAUUAGUCCUACCAUUGCUGCUAUCCUCCUAUUCACUUGCCUUAUAAUUGUCUCCAUCUUGUUCUAUAUUAACCAUCGAAAGCAUAAAGGCAGAAUGUACAGGAUCAGCUCACCUGAUGAAGGGAGAGAAGUACAAGAAAGAGGAAUUCCAAAGAAAAGAAAGAAGAAUGUAGUCAUUUCACCAUCUAAAGCAUCACAGCUUCAUCUUCUAAGCUCUGAAGCUAUGAGUCCACCAAUGAGUCCUUCUUAUUCCAAGUCCUCUUCACUUACUAGAUCAGAGCAAAGACUUGAUGUUUCAAUGAUGACCAUAACAUCAGAGCUCAUCAACUCAACAGCUCACAAUGGCUCUACCUCUCCUGAAACCACUGACUACAAUUCCCCACCUUUCUCUCCUACUAGAAUUGAGAGUACCAUGCCACCGUCACCCUCACCCACACCAGCUAAUAAUGAAAGCAUUACUCUCACACCUCAGCCUAAUUUAAACUCCAGUACUAGAUCUAACGAGCCUCUAACACUCGAUUCAGCUUUACACACUGAUUCAUCACUCUCUACCUCAUUCUCUACUUAUGAUAAGCCACCACUGACAUCCUCAUCAUCACUGUCUUCAGGCAGAUAUGCUGAUUUAGAUGUCCUUAGUUCACAGCAUAAUGCUGCUAAGAGAGCCAGUAUGGUGAGCAGCAGUGGUAGUAACAGUAGAGCUCAAUAUGCAACCAUACAAGAAGUAAUGCCAAGGAAGAUAUCAGUCAAUACUGAGACCACAACUGUUUAACUAUCACUCAGUUCAGUCAUAAUUUACAGACACUUAUUGCUAUUUUGUUAUUAUUAUUAUUAUUAUUAACUAUAGUUCUGCAUGUAGUUUUGUGUGGCCUGUGUAUACUAUUUUUGACACUUUGAACAUUCCGUAGAAUUCAUAAUUGGUUUUGAUGUCGUACAUUUAGACUCAUAAAUAAUAUGAAGGGAUUCAUGUUA